AUGUCUGUCCUCAAGGAUUUCAGUUACAAUGAGGAUGAGGAUGGUGAGCUUCCUCCUCUUUUAACGGGCGAAGAAGCUGAUUUGGAUCAUAUACUGAGUAGUGUCAAGACUGAUGGAGGUUCAAACAUUGUUAGCGAUGAUAAAGUACGUAGAUCAAACUUGCAAAUCGGUGCAGAUAAUGUGAGGGGAAGGCCGAAAAUUCCUGUUACUAUAAUAACUGGCUAUUUGGGUUCUGGGAAGUCGACCUUACUAGAGAUGAUCGCUUUAAAGGGCAGCGAUCGUAAGAUUGCAGUAAUACUUAAUGAAUUUGGACAGUCAAGUGAGAUUGAGAAAGCUAUGACCAUCCGUAAUGGGUCUGCAUCCUACGAAGAGUGGUUGGACUUAGGGAACGGCUGUCUGUGCUGUUCUUUGCAGAAUGUUGGCGUAAAGGCAAUCGAAAAUAUGAUUGAGAGAUCACCAGUUAAGAUUGACAACAUACUGCUUGAGACUUCUGGUAUAGCUGAUCCAGCACCUAUUGCCAAAAUGUUUUGGCAGGAUGAUAGCCUUAAUAGCAGCGUUUACAUUGACGGAAUAAUCACCGUGCUGGAUUCUGAGCAUAUUUUGAAAUGCUUGGAUGAUAAGCCACCUACACAUUGGCAUGGAGACUCGGUUUUGGUUGGGGACAAUUUGACUAUAGCACAUUUCCAAAUUGCCAUGGCCGAUAGGAUAAUACUGAAUAAGUACGAUAAGAUCGAAGGGAAAUCCAGUGACAUCGCAGCACUCGAGGAAAGAAUUCGAAGCAUUAAUGCUGAAGCACCUCUUUUCUACACCAAGUACGGAGAAAUUGCCUUAAGUAAACUGCUGGAUAUCCAUGCAUUUGAUGCAAGCAGCUUCUUCGAAGCUAGCAAGAUGCCCACUACACAUGAUCCACGUAUGUGCACAGUGGCAAUUAACUUCAGACCACUCGAGAACCAACAAGAGUACGACCGAUUUGUCAAAGAUUUUCUACAGGUUUUAUUAUGGAAAUCAUUUGGCGCUUCAUCAGAGGGCCAAAAUGUUAGCUCAGUGGCUGACAAAGAGUGGGAAAUACAAAGGACGAAAGCUUUAAUCUUAAUUAAAAGUCCACUUGAAGCUAAAGUAAUACAGGGUGUGCGAGAUACUUACGAUGUCUUACCAGGAACUUUUUUACCUGAAAUGGUGGAUUGUAAACUGGUACUAAUCGGCAAGUAUCUCGAUAAAAACAGGAUUGAGAAAUUCUUAAACAGCGUUUUGAACAUAAAUUCAUACGUUCUAUAA